ACAAAAGCUUUUAGCAUAACAGCAUGAAACGAAAAUAAUCUUCAUAAAUCCGCGAAUAAUGCUUAUAGUUUCAUCUAUUUUUUCUGGGAUUUGCUUACAAAACUUUAACGUUUGUUUCCAAGUAAUUUUAGACCGUUGUUUCACAGCAAUAAAUAUAGAAAAGAUCUGCUGACUAGUGGCAGCAAAUAUGAGUGAACUCGUUGAAAAACCACGGAAAAAUAACGGCCAUCACAAUCUGAUGGUUCGCCCGGACGAGAAACAAGCUCUUCUCAGGGCCUGUAUUGAUGUAGGUGUGGAAGAGGUUCGCCGAGAAGGCGGUCGCACCGAGCAUCUCUUUUACGAUGUUCAAAAACGAAUGGACAGCCUUGGCCAUUUCCCGGUAAGGAAGUUGUACCUACUCAGAAAGUAUUAUCAACAGAUGGAGAAGGAAUUUCGAAAUGGAAAAUUUAGUCCAUACCCGCCGGAAGCGAGACAGUUGUGGGGAUCAGAAGAACAUGAUUUAAUCGCUUCAGAGAACGACAGGAUGUGGAAAGCGUUACUAAAAAUUUCCCUAGAGCGAAAGAAAUCUAAUACAAGUGUGUUAAAGGGCGAAUCAGCGGAAAUUAUUAAACAGGCUCUUGAUCGAAAUAUCGAAGCCUUCGAAUCAGACAAACAGACCGGCAUAUUUCAGGAUAUGUUACUGGCCCUUCAGUCAAAGAAUAUAUUUCUAAAUCGUGAUGUAAGCCAGCUACGCCACACUUACUUCAGGAUGAGGAAACAGUUUCGAGAGGGAAAAUCUAAAAACCUACCACCUGAGGCAGCCAAAUUGUGGAUGAUAAAUAAAGAAAAAGAACAGAAAAACUUGGAGUCACAUUUUUAUGGUGCUGGUUCUAUCGAAAACAAAUUGCCUGAAAUCGACGAAUUGGUUAAAGAACAUGAGUGUCGAAUAUGUCAGGCACAUUUGUUUUCACGAGUAAAAGAUCUUGUCCUGGAUACUUAUAAUAAUCAGACUUACGGAGAAAUUAUUCAGGAGACUAUACAUGUAAAGAUUGAAUGCGAUUAUCAAUCGUGUUCCAAAAUAUGUUUGAACUGUUCCACGUUUAUCGAAAGUUUACACUUAUUCGUUCAGCAGUGCCGUGAGAGCUCUAGAAUCUGCACGAAUAUUUGUUCCGAAACGUUAAAAAUCGAGAAUGAAAUUGAUCAUUCCGAUAAUCAGUUCCAGAUCGAGUACUUGAAUGAAGCUCUUGAAGGCGAAGAAGAUAAAAUUACAAUUGAAUAUGGAUUAAAACAAAACGACUCUCCUAGUUCUACAGAAGUUGUUUCACCUGAGGUCAACCAUGGUGAAGACGAAAUUAGCCAGGAUAUACCCUCGCCGGAGUGGAAAUAUCAAAUUUAUAAACAAAGUAAACCUAGGUCAAAAAAUAAGAAAAAGCAAUGUCAUCUUUGCGGCAUAUCGGUUUUUGAUUUAUCCAGCCACAUGACCAGUCACAAAAGUGCCGAGUUUCAAUGCGAAUUUUGUCCAAGAAUAUGCCCCAAUCGACGGCAGUUGCGGGUGCAUAGAAACAUUCACACUAAGGAGCACGUAUUCCCCUGCCGAUUUUGUGAGAGGGUUUUUUACGUAUGGUCAACGCGAAAAACUCACGAGAUUUGUCACCAAAAUAUAAAAUUCAAUUGCGACAAGUGUCCCGCCGUGUACGCCAAAGAAAGCCAACUUAAAUCUCAUGUGAAGCAGAAGCAUUUAGGAAUUCGCAAUUUGCAGUGCACCAAAUGUGAGUUCCGAACAUUCAUCAAAACUCGAUUGUUGAAUCACCUGCGCAGUAUUCAUACCAACGAACGGCCCUACAAAUGUGUCUAUUGUGACCACACAUCGAACAGUUCAACCGGAUAUUAUAUUCACUUCCAGCGUCAUAAGAAGAGUGGGGAAGCUAAAGAAUACACGAUAAAGUGUGCCUACUGUGAAGUGCAGUUUUUUAAAGAUGUAGCACUCGAAAGACACAUUUGCAAGGAACACCCGGACAGGGCGGUUGUUGUCUGAGGGUAGGUUAAUGAAUUAUUUUUAAUGUGACAGGGUUGACUGGCUUGACGCAUUAGAGCAUGCGCGAAAAUGAGGAAUA